AGUAUAAAUACAAAAACUCACAAAAUUUUCUUUCUCCUUCCCCAACCAACCCCACUGAUCCAAAUCAAUAAAUCUUUGUCUCUAUCAUUUCUGACUGAUUUUUAACAUCCGAUCAAUCAAUCGAUCGAUCAUGGGUUUCGAUAAGAUCAAGGUUGACAACCCCAUCGUUGAGAUGGACGGAGAUGAAAUGACUCGCAUCUUUUGGCAAUCAAUUAAGGAAAAGCUCAUCUUCCCCUUCCUAGACCUGGACAUAAAGUAUUAUGACCUCGGUCUUCCUAACAGGGAUGCCACUGAUGACAAAGUUACCAUCGAAAGUGCUGAAGCUACUCUCAAGUACAAUGUUGCAAUUAAGUGUGCCACCAUUACCCCAGAUGAGGCCCGUAUGAAGGAGUUCACGUUAAAGAGCAUGUGGAAGAGUCCAAAUGGGACAAUCAGGAAUAUUUUGAAUGGAACGGUUUUCAGAGAACCAAUUAUUUGCAAAAACAUUCCUAAACUAAUUCCUGGAUGGACAAAGCCGAUAUGCAUCGGAAGACAUGCAUUUGGUGAUCAGUACAAAGCUACCGAUGCAGUUAUUAAAGGACCUGGAAAACUGAAGUUGGUCUUUGUUCCUGAAGGAGAAGGUGAAACAAUAGACUUGGAGGUCUACAAAUUCGCUGGUGCUGGAGGGGUAGCUUUGUCAAUGUACAACACUGAUGAGUCCAUCACUGCUUUUGCCGAGGCCUCAAUGAACACGGCUUAUCAGAAAAAGUGGCCACUUUAUCUUAGCACAAAGAACACUAUUCUUAAGAAAUAUGAUGGAAGAUUCAAGGACAUAUUUCAAGAAGUAUAUGAAAGGAACUGGAAAUCAAAGUUUGAUGCCGCUGGGAUAUGGUAUGAACACCGUCUCAUUGAUGAUAUGGUUGCUUAUGCUCUUAAGAGUGAUGGAGGUUAUGUAUGGGCAUGCAAAAAUUAUGAUGGUGAUGUGCAAAGUGAUAUGUUAGCACAAGGAUUCGGAUCUCUUGGAUUAAUGACAUCAGUCUUGGUUUGUCCUGAUGGAAAGACCAUCGAAGCUGAAGCAGCCCAUGGCACUGUAACCCGUCAUUACAGAGUGCAUCAGAAGGGAGGUGAAACUAGCACAAACAGCGUGGCCUCGAUCUUUGCUUGGACUCGUGGGUUGGCCCAUAGGGCAAAGUUAGAUAACAACCCUAAGCUUUUGGAUUUCACUGAGAAGCUGGAAGCAGCGUGCAUCGGCGCAGUUGAAUCUGGGAAGAUGACAAAGGACCUUGCACUCAUUAUCCAUGGAUCCAAGCUCAGUAGGGAGCACUAUUUGAACACAGAAGAGUUUAUUGAUGCUGUGGCCAAUGAACUGAAAGCAAGACUCGGGGGUAAAUCAUCCUUGUAAUUAAGGACAGUUGAGUUAGUGGCAAGCAAGGAAGAUCUAUGGUUUCGUUCUCUGUUUGAGUGUCCUUGAUUUCUGUUUAAUCUAUUUUUAAAAUAGAUACUCCCUUUUAUUGGUUCCAUGGUUUGGUUUCAUGAUCGAAUUCAGCAAAGCUAUUUAACAUACAUUACUAUAGCUGUUGAUGUAUCAAUAGUUAUGGUCAUUAUAAGGAUUUAUAAUAUGCUUCAUGAUGUGUCUUUUUAUCUGGAAA